AUGCUGCCGGCUUCCCUGGAAAAUCUCCUUUUCUUUGCGCUGUGGCUGGAUCCUGCUUGGGGAGUGAAGGUCCCUGCGCUCACCGAAACGGUGACGGUGGCAGUUCUUGGGACGCGGCGCGCCCAUCAAGCUCUCUCUGCGCGGGCGGGAGGCCCGGCAGAUACCGGGGCUGUCCGGCGCAUCCCUAAACCUCUCGCGGAAGGCGGGGAGGAAUACACGUGCCCGAGAUGUGAAUCUGGCUUUAUUGAAGAAGUCACAGAUGAUUCCAGUUUUCUAGAUGGCAGCGGCAUAGACGACAGCCCAUCCACACAGUUUGCAGAGCUUUGGGACCAUUUGGACCACACAAUGUUCUUUCCCGACUUCAGACCCUUUCUGAGUAGCAGCUCACUGGAUCAAGACAGCAGGGACAACGAGAGGGGCCACCAAGCCCACGCCGACCUCUGGGGACCCAGCCGACCCCCGCGAUUGCCCAUGACGCGGAGGUACAGGUCCCGGGGCAGCUCACGCCCCGACAGGUCUCCUGCUAUCGAAGGAAUAAUACAGCAGAUCUUUGCAGGAUUUUUUGCAAACUCAGCGAUUCCUGGCUCACAACAUCCUUUUUCCUGGAGCGGGAUGCUGCACUCGAACCCUGGGGACUAUGCAUGGGGACAGAGCGGCCUUGAUGCCAUUGUCACCCAGCUCUUGGGGCAGUUGGAAAACACGGGACCACCUCCAGCCGACAAGGAGAAGAUCUCCUCUCUCCCGACGGUGACAGUAACUCAGGAACAAGUUG